AUGGGUGACAAGAGACCCGAUUAUCGAUGGCUGAUCGUAGGUCCAGCAAAAUCAGGAAGCACCUUUCACAAAGACCCAAAUGCAACCAGUGCUUGGAAUGCUGUGAUCACAGGAAGCAAAGGAUGGGUAAUGUUCCCACCAGACGUGUUGCCUCCAGGGGUAUACGUUUCCUCAGAUGAAGCAGAGGUCACAUCUCCACUCUCACUCGCAGAAUGGUUCAUGUCUUAUUUUGAUAAUGCCUGGUCUACGUACGGCCGUGGUACUGGCAAGAUGCGAGUGGGAGUAUGCAGAGCGGGGGAGAUUGUUUACGUGCCAAGUGGAUGGUGGCAUCUUGUAGUGAACCUCGAGCCAUCAGUUGCAGUUACUCAAAACUUUGCGUCUGAACACGAGGUGAGUAAUAACGCAUGCAGAUAUUCUGGGUUCGCUACUAACCUACUUCAACAUAUCAUCCAACUAAACCAAACUUUCCACUCUUUCCGUUGGCGCACAAAAUACAAUCAGCUUGUAAACGUACUCCGCUUCAUGCGCGACAAACCUGACCAAACGUCUGGGUGGGCAGAAGAUAUCGCUUGCGCGGAUCUGUAUGAAAUCUUUUGUGACGUUCUCCGGAAGGAGAGACCAGAGAAUCUAGAGAACGCCUUGGCUGUGCUAAACAAGGGAUCUCGAAAGGGCAACGGAAACAACAGUCCGUGUGGGAGCAGUUGA